CUUUGAUCGGAUGAAGCUCAAACUGUUCUAUUCUUAUUAGCCGUGAACUUGGUGCUUCUAGUCCCCGCCGAUCGCCGUGGCUAGAACCAGAUGCGCUUGCUUGCUAGCUUUUGCUGAUACUCAAUUUCCUUCUUGUUACUACAUACGCUCGGCUCAAAUGCGUAGCUGAGGCGCGCUGGAGUCCUUUACCCCCACCCCAAACAUCAAUCACUUGGCAAUCGCAUGGUGGUAAAUUCACAGCCGUGAAAACACCAGCCACAUACUAGCAUGAGACAUGACACAUUUGACUAAGAUUCCCAGCACCAUGGCUGCCAAAAACUCCAAAGGGCAAUGUAACUUGCUGCUAUUUUCACAUGCAACAAAGCGAGAGACGCACAUGCGGCUCUUAAAUGCCCAGUAGGAGUACAGCAGUACCAACUGAAGUAGGAGUAGAGGUUGUCGAGUAGCUAGGCCAAGCACAUUACUACUAGUAUUAUUUCAUGCAGCCGCGCAGGGAAAAGAAAACGCAAAAAUAAAAACAUAUGGGCGAUGUGCCUCGGCAAGUGUGAUAUCCUCGGAGAUCUAGCCACUGCUCUGAGACGAUGGCAGGGUUGCUGCACACACCCAUGCACGCAGAGGAGUCAGGAAACCUCGGCUCGGUAGCGCUGACACGAGCUAUGCGGUGAUCCACGGUGUGAGCGUUAAGACUCUUCUUUUCUCGUCGUCAAGAGUAUAUAGUACAUACCAUAUGCAUGGAUGCAUUUCUGUCCUCUUUCGAUCUUCAUCUCUAGGAAAUGGUGGAGUUCAUCUCUAGGCAUCAGGUAAUGGUUGAGUUCCCGGGUGUUUGACCUCGAGUGCUCAUGCUUGCGUAGCCUCGCCUAUUUCCUAUGCCGCCAACGCCUAGCAGAAUCUUUCCGUCUCUUUCAUGAUGGCAAUAGGCCAACGCGUAUAUACACGGAUAUACUCUACCCCCAGACGAUUUAAUUCUUGAGAUGAAACUUUUAUAACUAGUAUGCCUUUUCCCAAAGGAAAUAGUAUAGAUGUGUGUGCGCAUUGCUUUCAGCCAAACCACACCCAUAAAAAUAGGAUACCCUGAACUGAAGGAGCUUGUUUGGAGUAGGUGCCAAAUAUCCAGUCCAUUGCUGAGAUCACAAGACUUUCGGACGGCGUAGCUUUUGCCGCUUCCUAAUCAUGCCACCCUUUUGGUAGAUUAUGCCCUAAUAAACGCUAAAUAGUGGAGUAGUAAAAUAGAAGACUUGUCCCCGUUCAUGUAUGUCCUGGUAGUAGUAUGCACAGGAUUGUAGAGUUUGAUGAUGGAGAUGGUUUCUUUCUUUCAACACAGAAAGCUAUUGACGGCUUCAAACUUAAAAUUAAAAAUACAGACAGGGGCCCGUGGACCAAAGCUUAACCACCUAUGGAAUGUACAUUAAACAUGAACGAAGCGUGCAAACUUGGUCGUGCCAAUAAUCAUCUACUACCUGAAUGCAAUAAUUCGGGGACAAGGACACAGCAGGGUUUUGCUCUGCACCAUAUUUAAUUGUCGCCUGAUGCGCACCACAGUGGGAUUGAUGGCGACCCUGAUCAGUUUGGUUACAUAGUACUGCACGUGCUUUUUUUUAGCGAGAAGUACUGUACGUGCUUAUCAUAAUAUCGUCUUGUAGUAAUGCUUUAGGUGUACUUAGAGGUUGCUGUUACUGCUGCUUGGUUAAUGAUGUUUUGGGUGCUCAAUCAAUCAUGUAUGUAGAGACAAAUCACAACAUAGUAUCAGAUAUUGAUAUUCAGAUUCCUCCUGGUCCGACAUGUUCCAUCCAAGCCACUCAGACACGUAGUACGGUGUACCACCUCCAGCUCAACCUCGUCGUCCAAUAAUGAAACAGAGGAGGGAGAAAAGAAAAGAACAUAGUCGUGGUCUAGCGGAAACAAAGCGUGAAAGAAGCCUAGGGCAUUAUUUGGACCCGUCUUUAUCAUCAUCUGGUGUACUUGUCACAAACAAAGCAACCUAUCCAAUCCACCACCCAAAGGGAAGGACCCCAUGCCUUUGAAUGGCUCGUAUCUGUGCCAAGCAAGUAAACGUACCUAAAGGCCGGCAGUUACUGCGGCCCGGCCCGGCCCGGGCCCCCCACACGCGAAGCUGCAGGCGGGCAGGCAGGAAUCGGGCAAGAGAUCCAUGGCGCGUACGCCGCUGAUGCCUGCUACAGUUUCCGGCUGUACCCGUCCGACGUGUCUGCACAGUAGCCAGACCGGAUUGUAAAGCCCCACUGCACGCACCCACCGCAGCUACUCCUACGUCCCCGCGCAAAAGCGAAAGGCACGCCACGCCACGCCACCACAGGGAGGGAGGGAAUUCUCCUCAUUUCCUAAGCACGCAUAUCUUACCGCUAUGAGCAUCUGCGUGAGACUGAGCCGACGUAUCAUCUUAAAUUUUGACGGUAUUGCCUCGCCAUCUGGCAUCUGCCAAACUUUCGUUUCUAUUUCAGGCGGACGCAUUUACUGGCAUGUGUCCGUGUCCAGAGGCUUAAUUUACAGCAUGUGCCUGUCUACAUUGCCAGUUUGCUCGGCACUGUGCUCAAUCGCCUUUUUAUUUCUUCCCAAACACCGCUCUCGCGCAAAAACGCCCCGUUUCAGUUGCCACAAGUAUUACUUUCGUCGUGAUGCCAUGACCAUGUCGGCCAUUUCCUCGGCUCCCGUCGCCUUGCUCACCUCUCACAAUGGACAGGCGGCAUGAGGCGUUGACCUGUCGGAGCGGCCGGGGGCGCUGUGCUGGCUCGAUGUCGCGGCGCCACGGACGGUUCCACCACGACGGCGACCAAGGCGCUGGGCCGGCCGCGGCGCCCGCCGUGGUCGACCACGCGGACUGCACUGCGCAGUCGUGCCGGUCGUGCGUGGCGGUGUCGCUGGCGGACUGCAUCGCGCUGGGCUGCUGCCCGUGCGCGGUGGUGAGCCUGCUGGGGCUGGCGCUCGUCAAGGCCCCGCUCGCCGUAGGCCGCCGCUGCGUGCAGCGGCUGCGCCGGCGGCAUGGAAAGCUGCAACACAAGAAGCGCGUGCGCGACAUGGACCUUGCGGGCGGUCGCCCUAGCCCUAGCGCUGCUGGCGCCAAGUGUGCGGGCGGGGGCGGCCACCGGGAGCCUGGUCCCGGCGAGGCCGCGUCAAAAGGCGAGGACGACGUGGCGACGGCGGCGUAUCAGGGCGCGGCUGCGAGCGAGGAGGAAAGGGUGUGGCUGGAGAUGUACCAGGUGGGGCAGUGGGGGUUCGGCCGCUUGUCCUUCUCCGUGAACCCGCCUCCGAGGGCCGGCCGCAACGCCGACGGCGACGGCUGCGAAAGCGACGUGUGAGAUGGCCAAACCGCCCGCCCGCCGAUGCUUCGCUGCUUUUCCGUACGGUCUGUCCCUGUCGCUGAUGCACGGACGGCGCGCCGGCGACAAGUCAGAAUUCCGUCGUGCUGGCCGGCCGGCAUUCGCAUUUCUCUGGCCAAAAGCCAAGGGGGAGCAGAGCACCGAGAAAUACUUCCAUGGCUCGCUGAUGUCCAGCAGAUGAUCCAACGCAAAAUUCGUUGGGGAUGAUUAGGAGAAGCGGCAGCAUGGUGUCCUGGUCGACUGCACAAUGGUGAGCCUCCAACUAGAAGAGCUCAGUGCACAAUGGUGAGCCGGGCAGGCCGUCGGCUCCUAGAGUGUUCAUUCUUUCUUCUGUGUCUAUGGGUUUGGGGAGCUCGAUUUGUACUUAUGAAUUGUACAUAAUUUGUGCCUUCGAGGUCUCUAGAUUUGGGAAUCCCCUCCCUGUAUAUACUUCCGGGAAAAAUUAACAGUUCUGGUUCGUACUACUAUGUGGGAUUGCCAUUACGCGUUUCACCGUGAAAUGUGGUUGUUAUGGCAAGGCAACAUUUGACAAAAUCAGUUCUGUUGAAGGUUCGAAAUAAAAUCAGUUCCAUUCCAUUA